AUGGUAGGUUUCAACUCCCAAUCCUACGGAAUGCAAUCCAUGCUCAAAGAAGGUCACAAGCAUCUCUCCGGUCUCGACGAAGCCGUUCUCAAAAACAUCGACGCCUGUAAGCAGCUCUCCACCAUCACACGCACUUCCCUCGGCCCCAACGGGAUGAAUAAAAUGGUGAUAAAUCAUUUGGACAAACUUUUUGUGACGAAUGAUGCGGCUACGAUUGUGAAUGAGCUCGAAGUUCAGCAUCCUGCUGCUAAGCUUUUGGUGUUGGCUAGUAAGGCUCAGCAGGAGGAAAUUGGUGAUGGUGCUAAUUUGACUAUUUCGUUUGCGGGAGAGUUGCUUCAUGGUGCCGAGGAGCUUAUUAGGAUGGGUUUGCAUCCUAGUGAGAUUAUUAGUGGGUAUACCAAAGCUAUUAAUAAGACUGUUGAAAUAUUGGACGAACUUGUUGAGGAAGGUUCAGACAAUAUGGAUGUCCGUGAUAAGGAGCAAGUUGUUUCUCGAAUGAAAGCAGCUGUUGCCAGCAAGCAAUUCGGUCAAGAAGAUACUAUAUGCUCCCUUGUUGCUGAUGCAUGCAUCCAAGUGUGUCCAAAAAAUCCUGUAAACUUUAAUGUGGACAAUGUUCGUGUUGCAAAACUCUUGGGAGGAGGCCUGCGUAACAGUACAGUUGUUCGGGGAAUGGUUCUGAGAAAUGACGCUGUUGGUAGUAUAAAGAGAAUGGAAAAGGCAAAGGUUGCCGUGUUUGCGGGUGGCAUUGAUACAUCUGCAACUGAAACUAAAGGAACUGUUCUCAUACAUUCAGCUGAGCAGCUAGAAAACUAUUCAAAAACUGAAGAGGCUAAAGUAGAGGAGCUCAUCAAGGCAGUAGUUGAUUCUGGUGCCAAAGUGGUUGUAAGCGGAGGGGCAGUAGGAGAGAUGGCUUUACAUUUUUGCGAGCGUUAUAAGCUUAUGGUUCUGAAAAUCAGUUCUAAGUUUGAACUGCGUCGAUUUUGCCGUACAACCGGUUCUGUUGCUAUGUUGAAGCUUAGUCAACCAAAUCCAGAUGAUCUUGGAUAUGUCGAUUCUAUUUUAGUUGAGGAAAUUGGUGGUGCAAGGGUUACUGUUGUUAAAAAUGAAGAAGGUGGCAAUUCUGUGUCAACUGUUGUCUUAAGAGGAAGUACUGAUAGCAUACUUGAUGAUAUUGAAAGAGCAGUUGAUGAUGGAGUGAACACAUACAAGGCCAUGUGCAGGGAUAGCCGUAUUGUGCCUGGAGCUGCUGCAACUGAAAUUGAGUUAGCUAAGAGGGUGAAAGAAUUUUCUUUCAAGGAGACAGGAUUGGAUCAGUAUGCUAUAGCGAAAUUUGCUGAAAGUUUUGAGAUGAUUCCUAGAACAUUGGCUGAGAAUGGUGGGCUAAAUGCAAUGGAGAUUAUAUCUUCUCUCUAUGCAGAACAUGCAUCAGGAAACUCCAAAGUUGGUAUUGAUUUGGAAGAGGGUGUUUGUAAGGAUGUCACAACAACACAUGUUUGGGAUCUCUACGUGACUAAGCUCUUUGCUCUUAAAUAUGCUGCUGAUGCUGCAUGCACUGUUCUACGGGUGGACCAGAUUAUAAUGUCAAAACCGGCUGGGGGACCUGGCAGGAGAGAGCAACCUGCUGGCAUGGACGAAGACUAA